GCAAUAUUGUCGAAUAGUUAAAAGCUGCAAUAUUUUAAAAAAGAUCAAUUAAAAUGGCUCAAAAUAGCGAACAAUUUGAUAUUAAAAUAGUCAAAAAUAAUUUUGAAGCAUCUUUACUAGAUGACGACGAUGUUCGCUUACAAGAAUAUUUAGAUAGUUUUGAUGAACUUAACAAAUUUUUUACCUUAAUGGGGAGGAUGUUUGGAUUUGUUAGUAAAGAUUUAAAAGCAAAAAUUGAUAUUUUGAGAAAGUUCAUUGAAGAAUCACAAGAGAAUUUCAUCAGUGCUAAAUCUAUGAUAAUUUAUGAAAAGGAAAAUGAUUUAUUAAACAAAAAGAAAUACGUUUCCGGAUCCAGGACAUUACUUAGGUUACAUCGAGGUCUAGAUUUUAUCAGACUAUUUCUGGAAAAACUUAAAGACAUCAAGAAUGAAGAAGGUACCUCAACUAUAUGUAGGGCAGCAUAUGAUCAAACAUUAUCGAAACAUCAUCCUUACCUGAUCAGGUCUGGGGCACAAGUAGCAAUUUAUACACUGCCUACUAAAGAAGUAUUACUAGAAAGAGUAUGUGGAGAUGAAAAAGUUAUACUGGAAGCAAUGGAAUUACUACCACACACUUUAGAAAUCACUGCUCUUGUGUAUGAUAGGUUGGAAAACAUGUAUACUGAACAUAAACUUCACGAUCUUCCUUAAAUCAUUAGAUUACUUCACAUCAGUAUUAUCAAUGUUAAAGAGAAAACAAUUAUUGCUCCAAAAACGGUUGACGAUUCCAGUGCUACAUCCAUACUUUCGAUAGGAGCGGAGGGCAAGGCCGAGAGUAUGGUUUGGUGAAUCUUCAUUCGAUGUCGAUUUACCACCAAGUCAAGAUCGCAAGCUAAAGAAGUUUCCAAGCUCAUCACACUCUCGAUAUUUUGUAGGUUUAUAGUCCAUGUUGGACCGAUAGUGUGAUCUCUAUCGAAUAUCGGAAGCUCACCAACACUCAGGUGUAUCUCGAGAAUGUGGAGCUAGCAUAAUAUAUUAUAUUAUUUAUGUAAACUUGAAAGUAACAUUUUAUUCUCCAGUCGUCAAAGACGAAAAUGCCAUUGAACCCCUAAAAGAUAUUCGAACAAGCUGGGGUUUUAGGGGGAAACCCGUGGUAAAAGUGGUAAACUUUUUUGGGUCCCAAAAUUAUUAUUCUCUGCAACAUUCAGCUUAUUCGUAUGAUUUUUAGGGGUCAAAUCUCUGCUGACUGGACUAUUUAUGAAAUAUGGAAAAUAAGCAAAAAUACUACAUACUUUGUUACAAAACUAACAAACCAAAACUGAUGCAAUCGCUUUAGUAAGACUCUUCAUUUAUGUUU